AUGUACGAAAUCCAGAUCCCCGAACCGCACUAUCCCGGCGUCGAAGCGGACCGGUACAAGCAGGUCAUGGCCCAGGUGGAGUUGGCUGACGACGUCGGUUUUGACUACUUCUGGACCGUUGAGCACCACUUCCUGCGUGAGUUCUCCCACUGUUCAGCCCCCGAGGUGUUGUACGGCGCCAUUUCCCAGCGCACCAAGCGCAUCAGGAUCGGUCACGCGGUCGCGUUGCUACCGGGUGCGUACAACCACCCGGUGCGGGUCGCCGAACGGGCUGCGGUGUUGGACAUCAUCAGCGACGGCCGCAUGGACCUGGGAACCGGUCGCUCCACUACGCUCAUCGAGAUGGAUGGCUUCGAGGUCGACCCGGAGACCACCAAGGCCCAGUGGCGCGAGGCAAUCGAGAUGAUCCCGCGCAUGUGGACUGAAGACCCGUUUUCGCAUUCCGGUGAGUUCUACAACAUCCCGCCCCGGUCCGUGAUCCCCAAGCCGGUGCAGGACCCGCACCCUCCCAUGUGGAUGGCGUGCAGCCAACCGACUUCCUUCGGCGAGGCCGGCGAUCUGGGAGUGGGCGUCCUCUGCUUCAACCUGGGCGGCCACGAGCAGUUGGUGGAGCGGGUGCAGAUCUACCGUGACGCGGUGCAGAAUGCCCAUCCCAUCGGGCGGAUGGUCAACGACAACAUUGCUGCCCUGUGCAUGGUCCACGUCGCCGAAACCGACGAAGAAGCCUACGACUCCGCCGCUCGUGAGGGUGAAUGGUUUGUAGGCAAAGCGGAGGAACUCUAUGCCCCCUGGUCCGGCCGCAACGUGCCCGACAGCUACCGCUUCGCCGUCAAUGCCGUCCAGGAGGAGCGGGUAGACAAGACCGCCGCCGACCACAUCGAGUCGGGCGCCUUUGCCAUGGGCAGCCCUGAAACUGUGAUCAAAACCCUGGAAAAGUACCGCGAGGCCGGCGUCGACCAGAUCCUCUGCUUCAUGCAGAUGGGGAACUUGCCCCACAGCAAGAUAAUGAACAGCAUCCGCAUGUUCGGGAAGUACGUCAUCCCGCACUUCCUGUAG